AUGUCUUCCAUAUAUUAUGCCGAUCCGGCCGAGGCCGAGACCUUUGCGGCGUCGCUGCUGGUCAAUGGUGGAGGACUUCCGAAGGAUCAGGCGCAACUUAUGGCCAAGUGCUUGGUCCAGGCUGAUCUCCGUGGUGUGGACACUCACGGCUUAGCUCGCCUGCAACAGUACAUGGCCCGAGUUAAGGAUGGCCUUGUGAACGCUACUCCAAACUUAAAGGUCAUGGAGAAGACCCCAGUAGCUGCUCAUCUUGAUGGCGACAACGGUUUCGGCUUCAUCGUCGCUACCAAAGCUAUGGAAGAUGCCAUCCGACGAGCAGAGACUUACGGCAUUGGUAUUGUCACUGUUAAUCACUCGAACCACUUCGGUAUGGCGGCAACAUAUGUGCAACAAGCUCUAAAGAAAGACAUGAUUUCGCUCGUGUUCACGAACUCCGCAAAGCAGAUGCCCCCUUUCGGUGGCAAGGAGACUUUGCUAGGAAUCUCUCCUUUCGCUGCUGGCGCUCCAAGUGACAGCGAAGUACCAUUCAUUCUGGAUAUGGCUCCUUCGGUCGUGGCAAAGGGCAAGAUUCGCAAGGCUGCUCGCCGAGGCGAAUCAAUCCCAUUAGGCUGGGCGUAUGACAAAGAUGGCAAGCCCACCACCGAUGCUGAAGCCGCACUGAGCGGGAGCAUGGCACCUAUCGGUGGACCUAAAGGCUCUGGUAUCGCUAUUCUCAUGGACAUCAUGUCUGGUGUUCUUGGCGAUGCGGAAUUCGGUGGCCAAGUUGGUGACCAAUACAAGGAGGCGAGGCCACAGAAUGUGGGCCACAGCUUCAUUGCCAUCAAGCCGGGAGUUUUCAUGGAUGCGGCAAAUUUCCGGAAACGCAUGGACACGCUCGUACAGCGGGUGCAUGGCGUCACGCCGGCGGAAGGCUUUGACCGCGUUCUGUUCCCGGGAGAACCAGAGUGGAACCUUGAGAUGAAGAGGCGAAGAGAAGGUGUUCCUUUCACGGAUGCUGAAAAGGAGAUGUUCACGGAGCUGUCAGAGGCUUUUGGUGUUAAACCACUAAGACUGAGCACAGAUCCGCUGAGCUUAGAGCAUCAACAAUAA